CAGUCGAGGGACCGCGGCGGUCGCAGGUCGAUCGUCUCUCAGGCUUCAAAAGUCGCUCCGCACACUCACUCUCUCUCCUCCUUUUGCCUCUCGCACGGGAGGCAGCAGCGAAGCGAAGCGAAGCUAGAUCGAGGGGUGAUGCGCACGGGGAGGUUAUUUUGAGCUGGAAGGGAGAGGAAUGGGGAAGCUAGGUUGCUGCUGAGGGAUAUGUUAUGCGAGGGCGAUGGAGCGGAUCGGGGGCCGGCGAUGGCGCCGCUGAGGGCGGCGACGGCAGCGGAAGCAGUGAGAGAGGAGGUUAGAUGGCGGCAUUUUGACAACUCAGUGAACGCCAUCUCGUUUGGGUUCGUGGCCACCGCCGUUCUCAUCUCCAUGUUCCUCGUCAUGGCCAUCUUCGAGCGCUUUCUGCGCUCGAGGUCGCCGCUCGCGGAAGAUGGCAGGGGAGGCGGCGGCGACGCCGACUUUUGGGAGGCGGAUGGGGUCGUCGCCGGAUCCGGAGGUGCAUGCCAGCAAGACGGAGCACUCGUCCCAUCCCCUAAGAUUUCAAUGUAUUCAAAGGAGGUAUCUGUGCUGAUGCCUGGCCAUAGCACACCAACUUUCAUCGCGUAUCCUGCUCCUGCUCCCUGCCCACCUUCUCACGAGCAUUGCUAGUUCACCGAAAACCAGAGUCCGCCAAGUCCCCAGAAUCCAGCGAACACGAGUUCCACUUAGCAAAUCUGAACUCUCUUGUGCCUGGGAGCCACCUUGACUAUUUGGUAAUGUCACACAUUGUGUAUAGGUCUCUUUAUGAACUUCAAAGAAGCAUGCUGCUGCCCCUGUUGCUCUCACGGCAGUAGAGAGGUUGCUUUCUCAAGUAUUGACCUUAUGUUUGAAUCAUUUCGAGAUGCCUUUCCAA